AUGGAAGAAAGAGAUGAUGACCUUGUCAAUUCAACUAUUUCAGAUGUCGCAAUAUUAAAUGUUUGCCCACAUGAAGAAAUUGAAACAAUAACGGUACGUGAGCCAUGCGUUCAAACUUAUACGAAAUAUAUUAGAAGUCGAAAACCCGGUUGUAAUGGACAGUUUCAAUCAUGUUCAGUUCGUGAACCAAAGAGAGUAUAUUAUCGUACAUAUAAAAAUAUUACACGUACAAGAAGACAUACAACGGCACAGUGUUGCGCUGGUUGGAUUCAGGUACCUGGUAAAGAAGGAUGUCAAAGAGCAAAUUGUACACCUGAGAUAUGUCAUAACGGUGGAACCUGUCAAUUAUCAGCAUUGAAUAAAAGUGAAGAAAUUUGUCGCUGCCUACCUGGAUUUCAAGGCGCUCGAUGUCAAUACGAUAUAAACGAAUGCUUGGUGAAUAAUGGUGGAUGUCCACAUGAGUGUGUCAAUACGAUCGGUACAUUCUAUUGCCGUUGUUUUGCUGGAUAUCAGCUAGACAGCGAUCACCAGAAAUGCAUUGAUGUUGAUGAAUGCCAAUUUGAAAAUGGUGGUUGCGAGUAUCGAUGCCAAAAUACGGAAGGUGGAUAUCGCUGUGAGUGUCCACCAAAGAUGCAGCUGCAUUCAAAUGGUCGUCGAUGCAUUCGUCGAAAUAUUUGUGCAACAGAUAAUGGUGGUUGUGAACAAAUCUGUGAAGAAAGACAUGGACGAUUUCAUCGAUGCAAAUGUCGGCAAGGAUUCAAACUAGCUGCCGAUAAGCGGCGAUGUCAUCCCAUUGAUCCAUGUAUGGUAAAUCGUGGUGGUUGUGAGCAGCAUUGCGUUAAUGAUAACGGAAGAGCCGUAUGUCAAUGCUAUCAUGGUCUAAGAAUUGGAUCAGAUCAGAAAUCAUGCGUUGAUAUCGAUGAAUGUGCAACAACGAAAGCUUCAAUAUGCGAGCAUGAAUGUGUUAAUGUUUAUGGAACGUAUAGAUGCCGUUGUCGAAUCGGAUAUCGACUACUACCCAAUGGACGUCAAUGUAAGCCAAUAAAUGAUCCAUGUCAGGAAGGAAACGGAGGCUGUGAGCAUAUAUGCCAAAGUUAUGAAAAUAAUAGUCUGAAAUGCUCUUGCAGAACUGGUUAUCAACUUAACACCGAUGGUAGAUCUUGCUCUGACAUUGACGAAUGCAUUGAUGACAACGGUGGCUGCAAGCAACUUUGCAUUAAUCUACUUGGAAGUUAUCAUUGCUCCUGUAAAACUGGCUUUCUACUUAUUUACGAUGGCAAAACUUGUGAAGAUAUUAAUGAAUGUAUUGCAAAUAAUGCUGGUUGUGAGCAUCAUUGUAUCAAUGAGGAGGGUGGAUAUACGUGUAAAUGCGAAAUUGGCUAUAACUUGGCAUCUGAUAACCAUUCCUGUCACGAUAUUAACGAAUGCUUAAUAAACAACGGUGAAUGCAGCCAAUUAUGCAAGAAUAAGGAGGGCAGUUAUCAUUGCAACUGCUUUCGUGGUUUCAGUCUUGCAGAAGAUGGCAAGACAUGCAUUGCUUCACUUCUGUCAGAUUCGCUAUUUGUUUACGUCACAACUGAUUCAACUCCUCAAAGUAUCAGGCAGCAUUCAGGAAGGAUAGCAUUAUUAACUGAUCACUCAAAAUACAAUGAUAUAAUAGAGCAUGAACUACACCAAGAAGAUGACGGAAGCAUGUCACAAGAUCUUUCCAAACUAUCACAUUUUGGUACCAUCCGUAUGCUACACAGUCUUCCUAUUGCUUGCGAAUAUGGUCGCUUUGGAGCAGAAUGUCGUUAUAGAUGUGUUGAUUGUAAAAAUGGAGGAAAAUGUCGUCGUGAUAAAAGCGGUUGUGAGUGUGCUUCCGGUUAUAGAGGUACAGUUUGCGAGGAUCAAUGUCCUGAAGGUACUUGGGGAUUGGGUUGCAAAAAGGCGUGUGAAUGUAAUGGACAAAUUUGCAAUCAUAUUACCGGUGAAUGCGAUUGUCCGGAUGGUGUGGAAUGUGAUGAUAGUUGUCCGGCUGGCUUUUAUGGACCUUCGUGCAAUUUGCCAUGCCAAAUGACCUGUAAUGGUGGACGAUGCGACAGGAAAUAUGGGUAUUGCUCUUGUCCAGCUGGUUAUUAUGGUGAAAAAUGCGAUCAAAUUUGCCCGCGGUUUAGUUAUGGUCGUAAUUGUCGUCAUAUAUGCAACUGCGAAAAGGAAUACUCAGAAGGAUGCGAACCAAAGACUGGAAAAUGCAUUUGUAAAAGUGGUUUCUAUGAUCCAUUCUGCAAACGACGUUGUCCGGUUGGUUUUUACGGACAGCACUGCACCAAAAAAUGUAGCUGUGCUGAAAAUCAAGAAUGUGAUUCUACUAAUGGCAAUUGUAUCAAGAAAUGUCGUCCGGGAUAUACCGGUGAUCAGUGCCAAACCCCCUGCCCUAUCGGUAUGUACGGAUAUAAUUGUACCCAAAAAUGUGCAUGCGAAUCAGGUGCAUCUCAAGUAUGCCAUCAUGUCACCGGAACAUGCACAUGCCGACCUGGUUAUUAUGGUGUAUUAUGUGAAAAAAUAUGUCCUACUGGUUUAUAUGGUCCUAAUUGUCAACACGAAUGUUCCUGUAAAAAUAAUGGUACCUGUAACAGUAAAGAUGGUUCAUGUAUUUGUCCAGCUGGGUAUUAUGGUGCUGCUUGUAGUGAAGUUUGUCCAAGCAAUCAUUUUGGUCUGAACUGCAUGCAGCUUUGUGAAUGUUAUAAUGGUGCUGAUUGUAAUCCUUCAAAUGGUUCAUGCAAAUGUUUAACCGGUUGGAGUGGUCAAAAAUGCGACAUACCAUGUCCAGAAGGAUAUUUCGGUAUCAAUUGCAGUGAGCGAUGUAGCUGCGACCAGGGAGUGCAAUGUGAUCCAGCUGACGGAGAAUGUACAUGUCCACCGGGAUAUCACGGGAAAAAUUGUGAUCUAUUGUGCGAUGAAGGUUAUUUUGGUAACCGCUGUAAAGGUAUCUGUGUUUGUCGAAAUAAUGCUACUUGCAAUCCGAUCAAUGGUGCUUGUAGCUGUAAGCCCGGCUGGCGCGGUCAACACUGUGAUCGACCUUGUCCUGAUGGACGAUACGGUGACGGUUGUAAAAAGGUCUGCAAUUGCUCUUCAUUUGAUGGCAUCAAAAUGGCACCAUUUGUCAUGAAGUGCCAUGCUGUGACUGGAGAAUGUCUUUGUACUGAAGGUUGGGUUGGAGCUAAUUGUCAAACGCCGUGUCCUUCAAACAGAUGGGGUAUUGGUUGUAAAGAGGAAUGUCGGUGCACGAACGAUGGAAUUUGUGAUCGAUUUACAGGGAAUUGUGAUUGUCCAGCAGGAUUUAUGGGACCGCACUGCGAAGAAGAAUGCCCAUUCGAUCGCUAUGGACCCAAUUGUAAUAAUCAUUGCCUUUGCAUGCACAAUGGUACUUGUGAUCCUAAGAAUGGUACCUGUAAAUGUGCGCCUGGAUGGACCGGACCCGCGUGUGAAUUUAUGUGUCCAUUUAAACGGUACGGAAUAAAUUGUGAACACGAAUGUAAUUGUAUGCGAGGUGCAAGUUGCAACCGUACGGAUGGUAGUUGUCAGUGUUUACCCGGUUCUAUUGGUGAAAGAUGCGAGCGCGUUUGUCCUCAUGGUUUAUUUGGCGAACGUUGUGAAGAAUUGUGCUUAUGCGAAAAUGGUGCAAAUUGUGAUCCAAUCAGUGGUCAUUGUCAUUGUACUCCUGGUUGGCGAGGUCGCAAAUGUAAUCGACCAUGUUUAAGAGGUUAUUAUGGACAGCACUGUGCCUCAGCAUGUCGAUGUCCAAAUCAGAAGCCGUGUAAUCAUAUCACCGGUCGCUGUCAUUGUCCGAAUGGCUACACCGGUCAUUCUUGCACCGAGCUUUGUCCUCCUGGAACAUUCGGUGAAAAUUGUGCACAACAGUGCGAAUGUGCAUCGAAUGCUAACUGUGAUCCCAUUACCGGGAAAUGCUUUUGUAAGCCGGGAUAUGCCGGAUGUAUCCAAGGACGAUAUGGCACGAAUUGUGAUGGCAUUUGUCAGUGCAUGAACGGUGGUACUUGUAGUGAAGUAACUGGACAAUGUAUUUGUCCGCCAGGUUUUGUUGGUACCAAAUGUGAGGUAUCCUGUCCCACGAAUCGGUUUGGUGAAAAAUGCGAAAAACUCUGCCAAUGUGAAAAUGGAGGUACUUGUGAUCGAGUAACAGGUCAGUGUCGUUGUGCAGCUGGUUUCACCGGCUUGCAAUGCCAACAGGUAUGCCCUGAGGGACGUUUUGGUCCUGGAUGUCGUGAAAAAUGCCGAUGCGCUAAUCAGGCGCACUGUGAUCCAGCAACUGGCGCUUGUAAAUGUUCACUGGGAUAUACCGGAGCAACGUGUGAUCAGCCCUGUCCAGAUGGCAAAUAUGGAGUGAAUUGUACGCUAGAUUGCGAAUGUCAUGGUGGUGCUAAAUGUGAUCCUGUGCAGGGUUGCUGCGACUGUCCAACAGGUCGUUAUGGUACUCGCUGUCAGUAUACAUGUCCAGUUGGUUUCUAUGGUUGGUAUUGUAGUCAAAGUUGUGAUUGUCAGAAUGGCGCAACAUGCGAUCCCAGUGAUGGCCAAUGUCGAUGCCCUUCAGGAUAUUUUGGCAAGCAGUGUGAACGUUUCUGUACUAACAAUACCUACGGUCCACACUGUCAACUGUUUUGUGAUUGUGGCGAAUUCCAAUGUGAUCCAGAAACCGGAAAAUGUGAUUGCCCUUUAGGAUUGCAUGGUGUUAAAUGUAAACAAGCAUGUCGACCGGGACGGUAUGGAAAAAAUUGUGAACAGCGAUGUGAAUGUUACAAUGGUGCAACGUGUAAUCGAGUUACCGGUCAGUGUACUUGUGCCCCGGGAUAUCUUGGCGCAACUUGCCAGCAAGAACAAUUUGACAUGGAAAGUGUUGCAAAACGUGGCGAUCUUCCGGAAUAUGAUUUCCGUAAGAAGCGAUAG